UAAGUUCCCUAUUGUGUCAAGAAAGGCAACAUUUCUUUUCCUUCCUUGCUCGGUUUUGUUUCAGGAGCGCGGUCUUCGGUUUCUGUGAGUUUCAUUUAUUUCUGAUUGCAAUUUGUCUUUCAAAUUGUGUUGCUAGCCUCUGUACAUCAUCAACCAUCUAGCGUUCUUUUGAAUUUUAAAACACUUUCCUCAAACUCUUUUGACAAAUCGGUGGGUGACAAGCCGCAAAAUGUGUGCUGGAAGGUUUCCGUAGUCUUUACAUCAAGGAUAACUUUUUCGUUUAAUCUUGUGCCUUUGUAUACAAAUGUGUCUAAAAACAUUGUCUCAGUGAAUUUCGGUGGUGAAUUUAAUUAUAGUAGGAUCAUGCAAGUUUGCUUCUUCGAAGAAACUUACGAUGUCUGGUUUAAAGACGGUUUAGCUGCUUAGACUUUGUGUUUCAAUAUAUGACAUGAAAAUGUUGGCAGAGGAACCUGCUGUCUCUGUGCCCAUCGCGGUACGGUGGGUUUGGAGGUAGAGCUUACCAUUGAACGAGAAAGAAUUUCCUUUGAGGAUUAAUUUAAGCAUUUGUCGCAUAUAAUGUUUAGGACUAGGCGGGUUGUAGAAAUUUUUGGCAUACGCUCUGCAAACCGAUUUCAAUAUCCUCGUUUUGUGAUACUGACUUGUAAAAAGACUUGUGACGUGGUAUCUUGGGUUACUUCCUAGAAAGGUAGGAAAAAUACAAUAUACUCUUCUUUCUGAAAAAAAUAUAGAUAAUGUCGGUCCAUGUCGGUAGUCGGUUAAUAAUUUUCCUGUCGGUAGUCGGUAAUUUUUUUCGCGUUUUGUCGGUAGUCGGUAAUAUUUUUUGCCCUUUGUCGCUAGUCGGUUAACCCCAUUCACACCCUCUAAAAUUGGAAGCUAGCUGAGAUUUUUUUUCGCGAAGGAUAGAACGGCGCCCGAAGCAAAUCGUUUUAAUUCAUUUCUUAGGAUACUAGAAAUGCAAUUUCAUCGAAAGAAAAAAGACAAAAACAAACAAAAAAGCCACAAGAGCUUGUUUGAAAGUUUGUCGAAAAACACACAUGAAAACACAUGGAACCAAAGUACCUUGACCAGCUACGAAAGAAAACAAGUGUUGUUUCUUCAUGAUCGCGAAGCCAUUCGCCGAUCGAGUCACUCGCCGAUAUAUAACUGGGGCUUGUUUAUCCGACAUCAAGAAUAUAAAUCACAAGUAACCAGCUACAAAUACAGGCUAUGCAGCCAUUCACUACAGCAAUCGAGGCGGCAGUAUAGCUUCUUUUCACGUUCAGCAAAACCAGCUUGUGGCUUCAAACAACUUCAUAACAAGCGACCGAGGUAAUAGUUUUUCUCCGUCAUCUUGCUUUUAUAACUGCACCGAAAAUCCAAAUUCACAGUAAUUUCGACGGCUGUCACUUAAAAAUUCUUUUCCUUCACAUUAUCUGCCAGGUUUUUUUAGCUGUUCUGCUGUGUAAAAUCCUAGAAUCCCGAUGAGUUUUUAAAAAACUAAUCUUCAUCGCUACAAUGUUUAGAUUUUUCAUUCAUGCAGUCCAGGCGAGUCCGUUCGCGCGUUGACAGUUUUGAUAGACGUGUGACAUGUGAAUAGCGGAAGUCCCUUGUCUUUUCCGGUUUGUUCUAGUCGGGGAGAUUCAACGAGAUUUUGUUAGACUACGAGUAGUCCCCCAUUUUUCCUCAGGGAUAGUAUAGCGAACGAAACGCCAGCGCGCGUGAAAAUCACCCCACGCGAGAAAAGGCGACACGCGGCUCAUUUUCUCUCUCCCCGCCGCGUGUCGCCUUUUCUCGCGUGGGGUGAUUUUCACGCGCGCUCGCGUUUCGCUGGCUCUACUAUCCCUGAGGAAAAAUGGGGGACUACUCGUAGUCUAAGAUUUUGUGGGCGUUUUUAAUAAAACAAUUAUUCCACUCGCGCUUGUUGGAUAUGAGAUGAUUAUAGCCAACUCGGCGCUACGCGCCUCGUUGGCUAUCUAUCAUGUCAUAUCCAACGCGCCCUCGUGGAAUAAUUGUUAAAUUUAAUUUAAAAUGUUUAGCAGUUGGCCUCACUGAUGGUGGGAGAUGAUGGAACUCAGCAAUCGAUGGACAUUCUGAAGGGUUUUACUGCUAUGACUAGCAGAGGGGUAGUGGAAUUUUAAGAUGUAACACAGAGUAUUCAGUCUAGUUGUUUUUCUUUUUUUUUCGUAUUUUCAGAUGCUUGAUGUUCCAUUUGUUCUUUUUCUCAACUUUCUUUUCGAUCUCAACGGCGCUGACGCGCUUUGACAUAACGGCCUCGUCAUUUACAAACUUGUAUGACGACUAUGUACUUUUCGAUUACGUCAUAUCCAGCCACCUGACCCAAGGCAUUCAGGCAUGUGCCCACCUUUGCUUGUUACAGUCAAAUUGCCUCUCAUUUAAUUUUAUAAAAACACUGGAACUUUUCGAGAAAGGUUUAUGUGAGCUUAAUAGAGCAAGUUGCCGCAACAACAGGAAUGCAAGCCUCACUAAUGCUCUAGGAUAUGUAUAUGGUGAAUUCAUUGACGUGAAAACAAACCGAUUUAUAUUUACCACCUUGGGAGCGAGGGGAAAAGAUGGCCCUACCAAAGCACAACUUGAAGGCUACAAAAGAACUUCUUUAGAGGGGCAGGUAGACGUACAACAAGGCAUUCAGUUUUGGCAAGUACCUGAAUCCGGGACUUACGUCAUAGAGGCCUUUGGUGCCUCUGGAGGAAAUGGUACCUGCCAAACCUGUUCAGGAUGGAAGCUCGGUGGACUGGGUGCAAGAAUAAAAGGAACCUUUUACUUCAACAAAGGAACAGCAUUGAAGAUUUUGGUUGGUCGGCAGGGCCUAUUAACCGAGUAUUUUAAUCAGCGUCCGGGAGGAGGGGGUGGAGGGACGUUCGUUACGCUUGUGGACAAUACCAUAAUUGUUAUCGCUGGUGGGGGUGGGGGUGGGAGCUUGGCCAAACCUAGCUACGGAGAUGGUGACCCAGGGCAAAAAUCGGAGAAUGGUACGCAAUAUGGUGGGUAUGGCGGAAUGGGUGGAUUCCGAUAUCAGAUUGCGAAGAAAACUUUCGACUCCCCAGAUAUCAAAGCCAGCUCGGGGGCAGGAUAUAUGGGAGACGGGGAUGCACCAAAUAAUAUCGGCAUCACUCCGGCUAGAAGUUUUCUUGCCGGUGGUACUGGAGGGGGACAUGUGGCAGUACAAAAUGGAGGAUUUGGUGGGGGAGGAUGUGCAGUAACUCUUGGGGGUGGUGGUGGGGGUUAUUCUGGUGGAGGAAUUACCGGCACUACGACUUCAGGAACCGCAGGGGGAGGGGGAUCGUUUAAUUCUGGUUUACACCAAGUUAACGACGCGGGAGUCAAUAAAGGACAUGGAAAGGUAAUUAUUACUCUGCUGCAGUGA